AUGGUAUUUCUCGAGGGCCACGCGGCCAUGGCUAAAUCCCUAAAUUCUCCCACCCCUUUCCCCAAAUCGAAGCAGAUCAACCAGCUCCACCGGAGCAGAAGAGCCUCCGUUCCCGAUUGCGACCAGUCGCCUCACGCCGUAAUCGAUGUAAUAAUCCUGAUUGCUGUAAUUUGCGCCUCUUGUUUCCUGUUCUAUCCUUAUGCAAAGAUUUUAGCCCGUAAGAGCCUCGAAGUCGGUGGGGAAGUUGUUGAGGUGUUUUUUGAGGAGAUUACUCGAUCACCUAUGGUUUUUGGUUGCUUAGGGGUCAGCCUAUUUUUCACAUCAAUGGCACUUUUGGCGAUUGCCGUUUGCACGGACAGUAGGUGUGGAAAACCGGGCUGCCGUGGGCUCCGGAAGGCUCCGGAGUUCGAUGUUCGGUUGGAGACUGAAGAUAAUUCAAAUAAAUCGUUGCAGAAGGAAUUGUAUGAAGUGCACCAUAAGGAACUGGAGGCAGAUCUCAAAAAGAUGGCCCCGCCCAACGGGAGGGCGGUUUUGGUGUUUCGCACGAGGUGCGGGUGUUCGGUUGGGCGUAUGGAGGUUAUGGGGCCUCGGAAGUAUCGAAAGGUUAAGAAAUAA